UCACGAGGCGGGCGGCAUGGUCAACCUGAGGCCAAGGCCCGGCCGGACCGCCGAGCCCGAGAUGGCCGUGGCGGAGCAGCAGCAGCAGCAGGAGGAUUAAUAAGAGGAAGAGGAAGACGCCGCCGCCCCGGACCUGGUGACCUUCGCCACCACCGAGGUCCGGGAGAAGGAAAAGCAGAAACGCCUCUGGGAGAGCGAGCGCAGGGAGAAAGCCCUUCUGAAAGAGAAGAGGAAGCGGCGUGAGGAGCUGUUCGCGGAACAAAAAAAAAAAAAACUACUUCCAGCUUCCGUUCUAGUGGAGUUAGCAGCACCACAGCCUGAAGUAAAAGAAUCACCGGAGACAAAUGAAGAGAAUGAGAAUUUGAAAACGAAAAGUAAGGCUGCUGCAGUAAAGGGGAAGAAAAAGGGGCAGAGGUAAGGUGUUAACACAAAGAAAAAAUACAUAGCCGUCAGGCUGCAGGACCAUACCCUGGCCAACAAACAGAUGCGAGCGGCUAAAGACUUCAUUCAGAAACAGCUGUACGGACGCGGGAGCAACAGAACCACAGUGAAUCAAUUCUUCUCCCUGGCCAACAAGAAACUGCCGGUUAAGAAAGUGGCUAUCCAGUUUGUGAACAAGACCUGGGGGUCAGAGGAAGAAAGGAGAGCUAAGGAAUUGAAAAAAUGUUUGAUUCACAGAAGGAACAGUGUUUCCAUAAAGAGAAAAUGAAUAACUGAUAAUUGGAAUGGAAUCAAUGCUUUAUUUCAAUGUCAGGCACUUUGCAUGUUCCGCAAUAAAUGGGGCUCGGGAAGUUUUGUUUUUUUUAAGAUGUAAAAAACCUUUAGUGUCAUAAGUGGUAUGAAAAUGAUUCAGAUGUAAACCAGUAAAAUAAUGCUUUUAAAGAG